ACGCGCCGCCCCGCGCCCUCCUCCCCGUGCAGCCCCGGCGCGCACAGCGGGGCCGGUACCGGGCACCGCACACCGCUAACGGGUACCGGCACGGCGCAGCAGGUAACGGGGGCGAACCCCGGCUCCGGGAAGGGACCCCCGCCCCGCUGUCGCAGCACCGAGCCCGGCGCUGAGGCAGGGGAGGCGACACCGCGGCACCGGUGAGAGGAGAUGGAGCUGCCGUGAGCCCUGCAUGCCAUGGAUGAGGCGACGGAGCUGCAGACCGGGGGGAACUCCCUCCUGAAGGCAGUGUGGCUGGGCCGGCUGCGGCUGACCCGGCUGCUGCUGGAGGGGGGGGCCUACAUCAAUGAGAGCAACGAGAAGGGGGAGACGGCGCUGAUGGUGGCCUGCAUCACCACGCACGUGGACCAGCAGAGCAUCAGCAAGGCCAAGAUGGUGAAGUACCUGCUGGACAACAGGGCUGACCCCAACAUCCAGGACAAGUCUGGGAAGACGGCCCUGAUGCACGCCUGCAUCCGCGGCGCGGGUGGCGAGGUGGUGACCCUGCUGCUGGACAACGGGGCCGACCCCAGCCUGGAGGACCACUCCGGUGCCUCUGCACUGGUGCACGCCAUCAACGCCGAUGACAAGGAUGUUUUGCAGCACCUCCUGAAUGCCUGCAGAGCCAAGGGGAAGGAGGUGAUCAUCAUCACCAUGGACAAGUCGGCCACCGGCGCCAAGGCCACCAAGCAGUACCUGAACGUGCCCCCAUUGCUGGACUUCAAGGAGAGGGCCUCCCCUGAGACAAGCACCGCAGCGCUGAAGGCGGCCGCCCCAUGCCCACAGCCCGCUGAGCAGGAGCUGCCCCCCGGGGAUGGUCCUCCCACCAAGGCCACCCCUGAGCCGCCCUCCCCGGGCUGGAGGGGCGGCACCACCACCAAGAGAGCGCGGCUCCCGCAGCUGAAGCGGCUGCAGUCGGAGCCGUGGGGGCUGGUCGCGCCCUCAGUGCUGGCUGCGCACCACGAGGAGCAGCGGGUGCGCACGGAUGACGAGCUGGUCAGCAGCAUCGGGGAGCUCGCGCUGUGCAGGAAGGCUCCCCUCAGCCGCAGCAAGGAUGCGCCCCUAUUCCCGCUGGUGGACGAGCAGGCGCUGCGCACGCCUCCAGCCCCCGGGUCCGGCUGCAGGAAGGGGUUCGAGAAGGGCCCCCAGCGCCUGCCUCGCAGGAGCACGUUGCCGGAGCCGCCGGAGAGCAGCGAGGCGAUGGAGGCCCUGCACUGGCGGCGGAUGAGCGCCGAGCACCACGAGUGCGACGCCGGCAUGGCCGAGGCGGGGAGGGUGGCUGCGGAGAGGAGGAAGCUGAGCGGCUCUCACCUGGCUCUGCUGGGUGGUUCGCGGGAGGCUCUGGAUGGCGCCCCCAGCACCUCCCCCGCCGCCGCCCGCCGCCCGCCCAACCUGCUGGAACGGCGCGGCUCCGGCACGCUGCUGCUGGACCACAUCGCGCACACCCGGCCCGGCUACCUGCCCCCCCUCAACGUCAACCCCAGCCCCCCCAUCCCCGACAUCGGAGCCAGCGGCAAGGCCCCCUCCCCGCUGGCUGCCGGCUUCAGGGCCCUGGUGCCCGUCGCGCCCAGCUCCCCCAAGCGGGGUGACCUGAGAACCAAAAAGAAGCUCCUGCGGAGGCACUCCAUGCAGCUGGAGCAGAUGAGGCAGCUGUCUGAUUUUGAGGAAAUCGUGGCGCAGUAGCCGCUUUCCCGGGAAGUUCCCCAAACUGCCCUCUGUAGGAACACACACGGCAGUUCGGAGCGGGGCGGUGCUGCCCUGGGAAGCGCAGGCAGCCCUGGGCUCAAGGCCCCAUGCACAGAGCACUUUCCCCAGAGCAGGGGGGACAACAGGUGGCAGGCAGCACAGAACUGAGUGCCUGGAGCCCUGCCAUGCCGGCUGCUUUUGGACUUUCCCCCCCCCCGUGAGCACUUAUCUGAGAAAUCCAAUCCCAGCACGUUUAGGUAGAGGCAGGCAUCACACCAAGGCUCCCGGCUGCAGUGUGUUUGUUCCUGGUUAUUUACGAUCCAUUCUUCAUCCCUCCCACUCAUCCCAAUGCAGAAAGCGGUCUGGGAGCCCCACGCCAGGGAGUCGGGGGCUGACGUGUGUGUGAAGUGCCUACCGGGAAGGAGCUCAACGCUGCGAGAGGAUGGAGAGCAGAAAUAACCCUCCUUAGCGAUUGAAUGUAUUUAUACCCUCACUGUGCUGCAGAGGCGAGACAACGCUCAGAGGUCCUGCGAUUCCGUUUCCAAGCACUUGGCAACACAGAGCCAGAUCCGCUGCUGGUGCAGCUGGGGAGCCUUGCGCAGAGCUCCGCGUUUGGCACGCUGCGCCCGUGGGGAGCGCGGCUGCCCGGCCCCGCUGCGCUGCGGGUGCCCGAGGAUGGAUGCGCCGCGGUUCCGUCGGCACGGGAGCGCCCUCUGGAAAUGCGUUUUCGAUUUAAAUGUGUUGUUUAGAGUAAAGGUGGGCUUAUAUUUUUACAGCCUUAAAGUUUAUACUUGCUGUCGCUCAGAUGUCUUACAGACGGAAUUUCAGGCACGCUUUAUCUCUAACCACGAAGUUCGUCUUCUAUUUUUGGCUGAGGAAUCCCAAAUCCCAGAGUUUUCAUUCGCGCAUAUCCCCAUAUCUUUAUUGACGCUUCCGCCGGCGCGCUCUGACGGCGGCGGUGCAAACACAGCUCAGCUCCUCUUUGCGCGGGGGCUGUGAGCGCGCAUCUCACUGCAGGAGCGCGCAUUUCACUGCGGGAGCGCGCAUCUCACUGCGGGAACGCGGAGCAGCGCUGCGCCGCAGCCAUUGCCGCUCGCGUGUGCGGUGCGGGGGUGACGCCGUGUGACGGACGGCGGUUUUACAUCCCCGCUC